UCAUCUGACACAAACAGUGGGCCAAAGAAAGGGGAAUAGCAGGAACAACCGCCGUCCGGGACCAGUGGAAAACUGACGUUGUGAGAGGGCGAGGAGGAGUGUGAGGAAGGAGCCUGGGAGACUGGAAGCAAAGGGGGAAAAGUUGCAGACAGUUCAACAAAAGAAGAAAAAGAGGGGGAAUAAAAGAGGGACCCCAGCAGCUGAAGAGAGAACAAGAUGUCGGAGGUGUCGUCUGAAAGCAGCACUGAGGAUGUCAACAAUCGCAGCUUCUGGAUGCCGGGGAACUAUCAGCGCACGGUGAAGCGCACGGAGGACGCUUUCCAGGCCUGUAACGACAUCGUGGCGUGUUUCCAGGAGCGUGCUCGAGUGGAGCGGCAGUACGCUCAGCAGCUCAGUGAGUGGAGCAACAAGUGGAAGCCGGUCGUGGACUCCAGUCCUCUGUAUGGAUCUCUUUUCAAGGCUUGGCAGUGUUUCCUGUCCUCGGCUGACCGGCUGGCCUCCUUGCACGCCUCCAUCUGUCGCUCCCUCGUGUCGGAGGAUGGAGACCGGGUUAGGACCUGGCAGAAGGAAACCUUCCACAAGAAGCUGUUCGGCGGCUUCAAGGAGACCCAGGACAUAGAGACGGGGUUCGCACGUGCUCAGAAGCCGUGGGCCAAACGGCUUAAAAAGCUGGACAAAGCCAGAAGGGCGUACCAUAAGGUGAGUCGCAAGGAGCAAGCGGCCAGGGAGCGAGAGGCGCACGCCCAGGGAAACCCAGACGUGGCCAUCGACAAACAGAAGAAGAUCCAGGAGGAGAGAGAACUGGUGCAACAGGAGGCGGAGAAGGUGCGCGCCCGCUACGAGAAGGUCCUGGAGGAGGUGAACCGCUACGCUCCCCGCUACAUGGAGGAGAUGGAGUCCAUCUUCGACCAAUCGCAGGAUGAAGAGCGCAAGAGGAUCGUGUUUCUCAGGCAGGCCCUCCUCUCCAUCCACAAACACCUGGACAUCACCAACAACGAGAGUGUGCUGGCCGUGUACGGCGAGCUGCACAGCACGCUGAUGGCCAUCGACGACCAGGAGGACCUGCGCUGGUGGAAGAACACCCACGGGCCCGGCAUGCCCACCGACUGGCCACACUUCCAGGAAUGGAUACCUGAAAAGAAAACUAAAAAAGGGAAGAAAGAAGAAGAGAAAAGCAAAGAAGUGGAGAAGAAAGCGACGAUAGAGAGGAGCGUGAUGAUCGGAGGAGUGAGAGUAAGAGCUCUGUACGAUUACGUGGGCCAGGAGACCGACGAGCUCUCAUUUAAAGCAGGUGAGGAGUUCCUGAAGGUGGAGGAUGAGGACGACCAGGGCUGGUGUCGUGGGAUGAAGGACGGCGGAUGGGAGGGGCUCUACCCCGCAAACUAUGUUGAAGUGGUAUAGCUGGUACAAGCAGGAUGAAUUUAAACAAAAAAGAUGCGUCACUUACUUCAUUUCACCACUUAAAAGCAUAAAAAACAACAGAAAUCAGCACCGAGUAGCUGCAGCCAAAGAUGAGGACGAGAUCAGGACAGAUUUUUAAAAAGUUCCCCCGGUUUGCAACCUUUUGUAGGACUUUGAUAAAUGUUUUAAUAUAUACAGUAAGCAUAGACCACUUGUAUCAGAGCCAUACGUAAACAAUGCUUUAAUGUCAAAUAACUACAUGCUGGAAUCUAAAGGUACAUUAAUGCUUUGGUGCUGAAAUAGAAGAACAGAACUGCUUUUUUUUCUUCGAGUUCUCUUUCCUUUUUCUCUGUUUUUUGUACUUCAACACGUUGCUAUUAAACUGCUCACAAAGUCUCACGGCCUGAUGUAGAGAGAAGGAGACUGAUUACCAAGACUCUGGAGUCAGCGAGGUAGAUAUUGAAAAAGCCGCAUCGACUGCAUUUCUCCUCUGUUUCUGUGACUCGGGGGACGCGACGGCUCGCGGUCAAGCCUCCGGUUAGGGCUUUAAAAACCUGAACACGGCUUUACCCGCGUCCUCUGAGUCCUCGCGGGAGACCGCUGACGCGGCACUUUCACCAGAGGACGCAGACACUUCUACUUUUUAUUUGAUUUGAUUCCAUUUUCAACAUCUGCCUUUGACUUGCAAUUAAAAAUGUUGGUUACUUGUAGGUGAGAAGGGGGAUUUAAAGUGGUAAAGCUUCAUUUGACCUCUUAACCUUUUAUUUGUGUCGUGAAGCCGAGCUGUUUACGUACACGAUCCACCAGUGUGAUGUGGAUGUUGCAUUGCUGGUAACCAUAGAAACAAGAUACUAAAAACCCUAUCCUGCCCCCGGGGGCGGGUCCGUGGUACGAU